AUGAGUCGCAAACAGGAACGUGCCCACACCGUUCCAGCUCCAACAUUACCAGCGGACCCCAAAGUCAUCGUGGACCGAAAGGCGCUCACAGCCGACGCUGUUGCUGUGUCGGAAGGAGAGCCGCCGGAAGAGACUUCGUUCGGGGAUAGAGCCGCGAAAGCGUGCCAGUCUGCGUUGCUUGGCAUCCCGUCGUUCCUGCUGGGACUCUUUCCCUGCAUAGCAUGGAUCAGGAGCUACAACCUUCGCAUGUUCCUUGUGCCCGACGUCCUGGCGGGGCUUUCAGUCGCUGUUCUUCACGUGCCACAAGGUCUAGUGUCAGCCAUUAUAGCCGGAGUAGAUCCAGUUCUGGGCCUGUACAGUUCACUCUAUCCCGCAGUGAUCUACGUUAUUAUGGGCAGUUCACCUUAUGUAUCUCUAGGCAUGUUUCCUGUAACAGCACUCAUGACAGGAGUGGUGGUCCAAAAAUACGGCAUUGUCUCGCAGAACGCGACGGCCCCUGAAGGUGGUGGAGCCCAGGUGUACACUGAGCAAUCUGGAACUGACGUUGCCAUUACGCUCACAGUCAUGACUGGCAUUAUUCAGGUUGCCUUGUGGCUGUUUCGGUUGGACCGGCUGGCCGCCAUUAUAUCUCCCGUAAUGGCCGAGGGAUUUCUGACAGGCUGCGCAGUCAUGGUCAUUGUCAGCCAGCUGCCGUCAGUUUUCGGAAGCGGCGUCCAGUCUAGCAAGGGCCUUUUUGGUACACCACUGACAGUCUACCACGUGGCAAAGAGUAUUCCAUACAGCAGCCUCGCCACGGCACUGCUCUCUCUGGCCGCGUUGUUGGUGCUCGUCGUCUCCAAGGGAGUCAUCGCUCGCCAGAUGAGACGCUUCACAGCGGUUCCCUUGCCGUCGGACUUAAUUUUGGUAGCUGUUGCAACGGCGGCAUCUCAUUUCCUCGAGCUGGAGACUAAACACAAUGUGAAAGUGGUUGGACAUAUAGCCUCAGGGUUUCCUAAGCCAACAGCGCCAACUUUCAACCGCUGGACAUGGCUGCUACCCGACGCAGUGGCAAUCGCCGUCGUACAGUUUGUGUCCGCAUUCUCUAUAGCCGAACUGUUCGGCCGAAAGCAACGCCUCAAGGCGGAUGCAAGCCAGGAAAUGCUAGCUUACGGCAUGAGCAGCGUCGUUGGCUCGUUCUUCCUGUGCAUACCCACAGGAUCGGCACUCGCCAGAUCAGUAGUUCUCAAGGACGUCGGUGCCAAGACCCAGGUGUCUGGCAUCGUCUCGUGCGUGUUCGUGGCCGUGACGCUGUCUGUGUUUGCACCAAUUUUUCGGCCACUGCCAGAGUGUGUCCUUGGAGUGGUAAUUAUUGUAGUCCUUCUUCCAAUGUUGGCCAAGCUGGGGCAUUUGCCAAAGUUCUGGGUCAUCAGCCGCUAUGAUUUUGCCCUCUGGUUGCUGAGCUUCCUGAGCGUGGUUUUGCUGGACGCCACUUACGGACUCUUGGUCGGGAUCCUCCUUGGUCUCCUGGUAAUCUUCCUGGAGUUAAACGGGCACAAGGGGUCUCGUCUUCAGCCUCGCAAGCCUGACGUCUUCGUGCCUUCGGAAUUGACGUCACGGGCAGAGGCUCUAAAGAUCUAUCGUUCUGGUGGUCCUUUCUGCUUCGCAACCCACCAUAACAUCAUCGCUGAUUUCGAGGAACUGUUCAAGGACAAGAAUCCUGUGCGAACGAAGUCCAAAAGGAAGCUCCACGACAUAGAAGCCGAUUGCGACGCAGUGACAACAAGGGCGGUAGUGAUGGAUUGUUCCGCCAUAAGUUUCUUUGAUUCUGCUGGUGUUGAGGCACUCGACCAGGUUUUGGACAUCUGUCAACAAAACAAGUGCGUCCUGUAUUUGGCUUCGCUACAAGAUUCAGCGCUGCGCACGAUCAAGUCACAAAAAGCCCUGUUUGAGAAAAUUGGAGACGAGCACAUCACUCCAACCAUUCAAGAUGCAGUGGCACUGGCUAAUUACGAGUUACCUCCAAGACUACUUGGUAUUCAGCUGCAAACGCAUCUUUAACCGUAGGCCACACUUCUGUCGAUU